AUGGCUCAAGAACAAUUGCGCGUCCUGGUUGUCGGCAAUGGUGGCCGUGAGCAUGCUUAUGCUUGGAAGCUGAGCCAGUCGCCCCUCGUCGACAUCGUCUAUGUCGCUCCCGGAAAUGGCGGUACUGGUCGGGGUUCCAGCAAGAUCACCAACGCCAAUGUCAAGGGUGACGAUUACCCCGGCCUCGUGGCUUUCGCGCAGAAGAAUGGCGUGAACCUCGUUGUGCCCGGUCCCGAGGCCCCCCUCGUCGACGGUAUCCAGGGAUACUUCCAAGCCGUCGGCAUCAAGUGCUUCGGUCCCUCCAAGGCUGCCGCCCGCAUGGAGGGCUCCAAGACCUUCUCCAAGGACUUCAUGCAGCGUCACAACAUCCCCACUGCUGCCUUUGGAAACUUCUCCGACUAUGAGUCCGCCCGCAGCUACCUCGACUCCGUCUCCCACAACGUUGUGAUCAAGGCCUCUGGUCUUGCCGCUGGUAAGGGUGUCGUUAUCCCUACUACCAAGGAGAAGGCGCACCAGGCACUCAAGGAGAUGAUGCUCGACCACCAGUUCGGCACCGCUGGUGACGAGGUCGUCAUCGAGGAGUAUCUGGAGGGUGACGAGCUGAGCAUCCUCACCUUCAGCGACGGCUACACUAUCUACUCCCUGCCCCCCGCGCAGGACCACAAGCGCAUCUUCGAUGGUGACAAGGGCCCCAACACUGGUGGCAUGGGCUGCUACGCCCCUACGCGCAUUGCGCCCAAGGAGGUCCGUGACGAGAUUGACCGCACUAUCAUUCAGCCUUCCAUCGACGGCAUGCGGAGAGACGGUUUCCCCUUCGUUGGUAUCCUCUUCACCGGUCUCAUGAUGACCAAGACCGGUCCCAAGGUCCUCGAAUACAACGUCCGGGGUGGUGACCCCGAGACCCAGACCCUUCUGCCUCUGCUCAGCGAAGACACCGAUCUGGCCCAGAUCAUGGUCGCCUGUACCGAGCACUACCUUGACGGUGUCUCUAUCAAGGUCGAGCCCAACUACUCCACCACCGUUGUCGCCGUUGCUGGCGGUUACCCCGGCUCCUACGCCAAGGGCAAGCCCAUCACUUUGGAUCCCACUCCUGCGGGCUCCCUGAUCUUCCACGCCGGUACCACCCUGUCUGGCGAUGAGCUGCAGACCUCCGGUGGCCGUGUGAUUGCUGCCACCGCCACCGCUGCCACCCUUGAGGAGGCCGUGUCCAAGAGCUACGAGGGCAUCGCCACCAUUCACUUCGAGGACAUGUUCUUCCGCAAGGAUAUCGCCCACCGCGCCUUCCGCCAGACUGCCGACACCUCUCUGACCUACGCCGCUGCUGGUGUCUCCAUCGAUGCCGGUAACGAGCUGGUUAACCGCAUCAAGGCCUCCGUCGGACGCACCAAGCGCCCCGGCACUGACGCCGUCAUCGGCGGCUUCGGUGGUCUCUUCUCUUUGGCUGCCGCCAACCCUGAGUACCACGCCGACUCGCCCACUCUGAUUGGUGCCAUCGAUGGUGUUGGUACCAAGCUCAAGAUUGCCCACACUGUCGGUAUCCACGACACCGUUGGUAUCGAUCUGGUUGCCAUGAACGUCAACGACCUCGUUGUCCAGGGUGCCGAGCCCCUCUUCUUCCUUGACUGCUACUCCUGCGGCCACUUGGACGUCCCUACCGCCACCGCGUUCGUCACCGGUGUUGCCGACGGCUGUGUGCAAGCCGGCUGUGCCCUGAUCGGUGGUGAGACCGCCGAGAUGCCCGGUCUGUUCAUCGACGACACCUACGACGCCGUCGGUGCGGCUGUUGGUGCCAUCAACACCAGCGGUGCUUACGCCCGCCAGAUCCUGCCUCACACCGACGCCAUGCGCUCCGGCGACGUGCUUCUGGCCCUUGGCUCGUCCGGCCCGCACUCUAACGGUUACUCCCUGGUGCGCAAGAUCGUCGAGCGCACCGGCCUGGACUUCGCCGACCCCGCCCCCUUCACCAUGCCCGGUCAGACCGAGCAGCUCUCCCUGGGCCGUGCCCUGCUCACCCCCACCCGCAUCUACGUCAAGUCCAUCCUGGCCGCUCUGAAGGCCCACUCGACCGCCAUCAAGGGUCUGGCUCACAUCACCGGCGGUGGCCUCACCGAGAACAUCCCCCGCAUGCUGCCCUCGACUCUUACCGCCGCCGUCGACGUCAGCUCCUGGGCCCAGCCUUCCGUCUUCCAGUGGCUGCAGCGUGCCGGUAACGUCUCCCCGGUGGAGAUGGCCCGCGCAUUCAACUGCGGUGUUGGCAUGGUCAUUGCCGUUGAGGCUUCCGCCGCGGCGGAGGUUCGCCAGAGCUUCGAGGCUGCCGGUGAGACUGUCUACACUAUCGGUGAGCUGCGUGCCCGUGCCCAGGGUGAGGAGGGCUGCGUGCUCAGCGGCCUGGAGUCGUGGAGCGCAUGA